AAAAGAGGCCCAGUUAGAUGAAGAAGGACAGUUUCUCGUCAGAAUAAUAUACGAUGAUUCCAAAACUUAUGAUUUGGUCGCUGCUGCCAGCAAAGUUCUCAACCUCAAUGCUGGAGAAAUCCUUCAAAUGUUUGGGAAGAUGUUCUUUGUGUUUUGCCAAGAAUCCGGCUAUGAUACCAUCUUACGCGUCCUGGGGUCUAAUGUCAGAGAAUUCCUGCAGAACCUGGAUGCCCUGCAUGACCACCUCGCCACCAUCUACCCAGGCAUGCGCGCACCUUCCUUUAGGUGCACGGACGCGGAAAAGGGCAAAGGGCUCAUUCUGCACUACUACUCGGAGAGAGAGGGGCUGCAGGACAUCGUCAUUGGGAUCAUCAAGACAGUGGCUCAGCAGAUACACGGCACGGAAAUAGACAUGAAGGUUAUUCAGCAAAGAAAUGAAGAAUGUGAUCAUACUCAAUUUUUAAUUGAAGAGAAAGAGUCAAAAGAAGAGGAUUUUUAUGAAGACCUUGAUAGAUUUGAAGAAAAUGGUACCCAGGAAUCCCGCAUCAGCCCCUAUACCUUCUGCAAAGCUUUUCCUUUCCACAUAAUAUUCGACCGCGACCUGGUGGUCACUCAGUGCGGCAAUGCCAUCUACAGAGUGCUGCCCCAGCUCCAGCCCGGGAAUUGCAGCCUCCUGUCUGUCUUCUCUCUGGUCCGUCCUCAUAUUGAUAUUAGUUUCCAUGGGAUCCUUUCACACAUCAAUACGGUGUUCGUCUUGAGAAGCAAGGAAGGAUUGUUGGACGUAGAGACGCUAGAAUGUGAGGACGAACUGACAGGGACGGAGAUCAGCUGCUUACGUCUCAAGGGUCAGAUGAUCUACUUACCCGAGGCAGACAGCAUACUGUUCCUGUGUUCCCCGAGCGUCAUGAACCUGGACGACCUGACCAGGAGAGGCCUGUACCUGAGCGACAUCCCGCUGCACGAUGCCACCCGCGACCUGGUUCUUCUGGGCGAGCAGUUCAGGGAGGAAUACAAACUCACACAGGAACUGGAGAUCCUCACGGACAGGCUGCAGCUCACGCUGAGAGCCUUGGAAGAUGAAAAGAAGAAGACAGACACAUUGCUGUACUCCGUCCUCCCUCCCUCUGUUGCCAACGAGCUGAGACACAAGCGUCCCGUGCCUGCCAAAAGGUACGACAACGUGACCAUCCUCUUCAGUGGCAUCGUGGGCUUCAACGCUUUCUGCAGCAAGCAUGCGUCUGGAGAGGGGGCCAUGAGAAUCGUAAAGCUUCUCAACGACCUGUACACCAGGUUUGACACUCUGACGGACUCCCGGAAGAACCCGUUCGUCUAUAAGGUGGAGACCGUGGGCGACAAGUACAUGACGGUCAGUGGCCUGCCGGAGCCCUGUGUCCACCACGCGCGCUCCAUCUGCCACCUGGCCCUGGACAUGAUGGAGAUCGCCGGGCAGGUGCAGGUGGAUGGCGAGUCGGUGCAGAUAACAAUCGGGAUCCACACAGGGGAGGUGGUGACAGGCGUCAUUGGUCAGCGAAUGCCACGCUACUGUCUCUUUGGAAACACCGUCAACCUGACCAGCAGAACAGAAACCACAGGAGAGAAGGGCAAGAUCAAUGUGUCUGAAUACACGUACAGAUGUCUGAUGUCUCCGGAGAACGCAGAUCCCCAGUUCCAUCUGGAGCACAGAGGCCCGGUGUCCAUGAAGGGCAAGAAAGAGCCAAUGCAAGUGUGGUUCCUCUCCAGGAAAAACACAGGGGCAGAGGCUUUAAAUCACAACCCUUGAAGUUGGCAUGAGUGUGGAUGUUCUUAGGAACCGAACUCCUGCAUCUCAGUGUUGGUUACUGUAGUUGUGUGGCCUGAAGGAUAAUUUCACCCUGACUUGUGGUGGGAGUGGAUAAUAGACAAUUACAGAUGGGAAGGCAGGCCCCGUUCUUAAAAGGAACAGUACUCACGACAAGUUUUCCUACUCUGAAGCAAUAUCCCGUUCUUCUGUCUUCUGAAGGAAACAAGUCAGGAGGAGAACUGAAUCUUGGAUUGCAGCCUGGGGCAGCUCCUUGCUGUCUCCCGAAGGUGCCACAACCAGGAGCUCUUCCUCCCUCACUGUCCUCUCCAGUCCCCACACUUCCUAGAUGGAUCUCCUACUGU